UUAUAUACUGUUGUGUUGUAGGUGGUCUGCUUGUAUGAUGAUGGGCAAUGAUAAUGGAUAAUGAACAACCCCACCAGGAGUUGGUGAAAUGUGUGUGGUGGUCGGCGACACAGCGGUCGGCAAGACCCGGCUCAUCUGCGCGCGCGCCUGCAACAAGCAGCUUUCUCUGUCCCAACUGCUCACUACACACGUGCCCACGGUCUGGGCCAUCGACCAGUACCGCAUCUACAAGGAUGUCUUGGAACGAUCCUGGGAAGUGGUAGACGGUGUCAACGUCUCGCUGCGACUAUGGGAUACGUUCGGGGACCACGAGAAAGAUCGGCGCUUCGCCUACGGAAGGUCAGAUGUGGUGCUGCUCUGUUUCUCACUGACCAGCCACAACUCUCUGCGCAACUGCAAGGCCAUGUGGUACCCGGAGAUACGCAGGUUCUGUCCACAGACUCCAGUGCUACUGGUCGGCUGCAAGAACGAUCUGCGCUACAUGUAUCGCGAUGAGGCCUACCUUAGCUACUUUCGAGACCGCAGCCCUUUUCUCAGGUACUUGAUAAAAUUAAAUCGACCAGGGGAUGUAAAAACCGGGGACCUAGACCAAACAUUAGAAUUAGGAAAAUUUCCAAGGAUAUUACUUGUGCUCUACCAUCUAUGAUCGUUAAUUGUAGACUAAGCUGAAAUGAGAUUAGCAACAUGUUGGAAAUUGAAAUUCCUCUGUGAAUAAGUUCGAUA